AUGACUGCGGUAUCGAAAGUUUUGAAGCCCAAGGUCAAGCUGACCAGAAGGAAGAAGGUCGAAACGAGGCACGGAAGACUAAAGGUCGUCGGCCGCAAGUACGCGAGCGCGCCGAAGGUGCGCGAGAGCCUGAAGCCGGGGGUGGUGCUCAUUCUCCUGACGGGAGGCUACAAGGGCAAGCGCGUCGUGCUCCUCAAGGUCCUGAAAAGCGGGCUCCUGCUGGUCACGGGCCCGUUCUCGUUCAACGGAGUCCCGCUGAGGAGAGUUAACGCCAGGUACGUCAUUGCAACCUCCACGAACGUGUUUGAGUUCCCCGAGGUUGACGGAGAGAAGCUCAGGCCGGCCCUGGAGGCCGCGGUCGCGGACCUCGGCGACGAGCACUUCGGAAAGAGCAGCGCCACGAAGCUCGCAGAGUUCAAGGACCGCAAGAAGAAGAACAAGUCGAAGGACUCCAUGUUCGUCGACGAGCCCGAGGUCGCCGCGAAGUCCGAGGAGCUGAAGGCGAAGCUCUCCGCUCUCCAGGACAGGGUCGACAGGGUGCUCGUGCCUCACCUCAAGAAGUCCGAAUUGCUGACGAAGUACCUGAAGAGCAGGUUCACCCUAAGAAACAACAUGUUUCCUCACCUGCUCAAGUUUUAA